GCAAAAAUCAAGAAUGGUAAUAUAAAUUUCCUUCAUCUUAUUUUAUUUUUGGGCAUGCUGAAGUCACAUUUCAAUGUAAUUUCCUCAAUAUGAAGAGCUAAUAAAAUAAUUGAAUUAUUGGAAAUCUAUUUUUUUUAGACAAAGAAAUCUAUUUUUUAUAAAACACGCACAAAUGAAUAAUUGAAAAUGCAUGCAUGUCAAUCAUAUUGACUUCUCUCACACCCAUAGCUUUUGAGACAAACUGAAAUAUUAUAAAUUAAAGUUCCUUUAUAUAAUUCAAUAAUAAUAAUAAUAAUAAUAAUAAUAAUAAUAAUAAUAAUAAUUGAUAGGUGAGUCCAAAUCCAAGUCUCUUAUUAAAAGGCCACAAAUCCAACUACUCCUCCAUAAACUCAAAAGCUCAAUCUUAAAAAGCAAGUAAGAGAUAAUAACACACUAACGAGAGAAAAUGGGAAGAGCUCCAUGUUGCGACAAGACAAAAGUGAAGAGAGGGCCUUGGUCUCCUGAGGAAGAUGCUAAGCUCAGAGAUUACAUUGAGAAGUAUGGUAAUGGUGGAAAUUGGAUCUCUCUUCCUCUCAAAGCUGGUUUGAGGAGAUGUGGGAAGAGUUGUAGAUUGAGGUGGCUAAACUAUUUAAGACCAAACAUAAAACAUGGCGACUUCUCUGAAGAAGAAGACAGGAUCAUUUUCAGCCUCUUUGCUGCCAUCGGAAGCAGAUGGUCAAUAAUAGCAGCUCAUCUACCGGGAAGAACAGACAACGACAUCAAAAACUAUUGGAACACAAAGCUAAGGAAGAAAAUCAUGUCUUCUUCUUCCUCCUCUUCCUCUCACUCAUCAGCUGCCAUGGCUACUCCUUUUCUAAACCCUAAUUCUCAUGAUGUGAAAAGACCAAUAACCCCAUCAGCAACUAUUGCACCUUUUUCCUACAAUCCGUAUGUUGAAAACUCAACAACAUCUCUCAUCUCCAACAUCAAUGGCUUCGAAGCUGAUGAUCAACAGAUCUUCCCCUUUUUUAACCCUAAUUAUCCUCACGAUUUCUCUCUCGAGGACAUGAGCAGCAAUAACAACAACAACAUUUCAGGCACAAGUGGUUUCUUGCUCAACCACAGUAUGUGUGAUCAUUACAGCAACCACACCAAUUUCUCCUCAGAUGUCAAUGGAAAGCGAUCAGAGAUUAUGAUGAAGCAAGAAGAGAUGAUGAUGAUAGACCACCACAUUGACCAGAUGACAAAAGGGUACAAUGGCGAUUUCACACAAGGGUAUUACAAUAACGACAUUAAUGGACAUGGGGAUUUGAAGCAAAUGAUUAGUGGAACUGGCACUAAUUCUAACAUAAACAUGGGUGGUUCAGGUUCAGGCUCAGCUUCAUCUUCUAGUUUCAUAAGCAACCUAGCUGAGAACAAAACCAGUAGUAGCCUCCUAAAACACAAGUGCUUGCCCUAUUUCUACUCCUAGUUCUUCUAGACUCUCUUGUUUUCUUAUAUAAAUAUAUAUUGGACUGACUGUUAGUAAAAUCAAAGAUUUGAUAGGGUAUGCGAGGAGAGAGAAUGAGAGAGACACGUUGAUCAGUUUUAUGGGAUUUGUGUUUUUUUUUUUAACAUCGAUGUUGGAAAGAUUUCUAGUUAAGAAGAGACGAUGGGAGAUUUGAUUCCAUGAAACCCCAAAGGAUAUAUUUAUGGUUGAAGAGUAGAUCUUCUGUUUUUCCGUCGUGAAGAGUAAGAUCAUAUCAGCUUUUAGCUAGAACUUACAAACUUACAACAAAGCAUAAGAUAUACCUUUUUAACAAAAAAGAAAUUGAAGUAUAUGAUAUAUACAGCAUUGUUAUUGUUACUAACAUUCCAUCAGACUAUUACUAUUGUAAGUAUAUGCUUUAAAUAGUACAUAAUACGUUAAAGAUAAACUCUUGCAAAACAAGUGUCGGUUUGGAAUUUGUAUCUAGAGAUGGUGAAGCCUCUGGGCUGAGGCAUCCAAAGCGUUCACCGAAUAUAAUGUGUAGUGGUGGAAAAAUAAUUCUAUUAAUGUUUCCUUGAUCAUUUUUACAAAAAAUGGAUAGAGUUACUGAUUUGUUCAUGGUGAUAUAUAGUUUUAUUAAGCUUACAAAAAAAAAAAAAGAUAUAUAGUUUUAUUAGUUGUGAAAUGUAUCCAUUUUUUUCUUUUGGUCAAGUGAAAUAUAUCCAUCUGUAUUGUUGUUUUAGUUUUGAAAUAUAUAUGACCCAAAAUUAAUUCAAAGUCAGGGCACUAUUUCUGAAGAUUUGUUUCUUCCAAAUCUCAUGAGUUCCACUCUACAGAGUAUAUUUCUCAAAAAAAAAUCUCAUGAGUUCCUUUCUACAGAGAUAAAUUUUGAUAUGGGACCAUUUGUAAGAAAUAUUAUUUCCACUAGACUAUCUGACCAAAAAAAAAAGACUAUCUGUUCAUAAAAAAAAAAAAAAAAAAAAAAAAAAAAAAAAAAUAUAUAUAUAAAGAGUACAUACUACAGUAUAUAUAUAUAUAUAUAUAUUCAUAUAUUUACAUAAAGAGUAUAUACUAGACUAUCUGCCAAAAAAUAAUAUAUAUGUAUAUCUGCCAAUAUAUUGGCAUACACAAUGGAUAUGUUGUCUUUUUCUACGUUUAGACUAUCUUUAAUGCAUUUUAUUAUUUUCACUUUUAAAAUUGAAAAACUCUAUUAUAGAGAUGAGAUAUGCUCUAAUAUAUUUUUUUUAAAAUAACAAUUUUUAAAUAUAGAUAAAAAUAAUAAAGAAAUGAUAUUAAUAUAAAAAAUCUCUAUUAUAGAGGAAGAAAUAGAGGUGAGUUGGAACAGUUUUACCUGUAAAUAUUAUUAUAGAAGUGAAAAAUAAAUGUUAUUAUAGAAGUGAAAAUAACAAUGGGACAGAGACACUCUUAUACUAUGAUUUAAGACCUGUAUUAGAAGCAGUGUUUUAAAACAUUUAACAAAAAGCAAUAUUAAUAGCAGUGUUCUAGUUGCGAUUGACGGCUCCACCGCUUUCCGGAGAGCUAGAGACUUUGUCUUACCGGAAGUGAAGCUUCGAUUCUUGAAAUCAAAAGGUAAGUUUUAGGAGGAUCUUGUAAACGAUGGUUAGCCAGAAGCAUUUCUGUUAAAUUUUGCGCUUUAUAUGUGUAAAGUUUUAACCGGUUAUGUCUGUAAGCUCCAAGUUCUUCUCUAUGGAUUCUUUGUUAUUUUAUGGUUGGUAAAUUUUUAUGGCUUUAAAUUUGGUAAUAGUGUAGUCUCUUGGAAAUUUUGUCUUCCGCCAGCUUUGAUUCCGAGGAUGUACCUUCUUUCUGCCGGUUAUGUAAAUGUUUCUGUAUCGUUAAUAUUUCAAUGAAAUAUUUUAGAUGACCAAAAAAAGCAAUAAUAAUUGCAAUGUUUCAAAUUUUGAUUCUAUUAACAUGUAUACACAUUUAUCACUAAUUUAUUCAUUUUUGAUAGCCUUUUAGACUUGGAUUAUAGUAUUAAUGUUGUAAAUAUAUUAAAAAUUAUUCUUUUGUUUCUUCAUUUAUAGUUGAAAUUUGUCAAAUGUUUCAAUUUUGAUAUUAUUAAUACAGCGCGUGUGAGUAAAUUGAGCGACAUAUUAUUUAUAUAGACGUAAGGAUUGUGUAUAAAGUCAUCACCUUUGGUCAGUGUCUGAAACGGCUAACUGAUUGAUGGAAAUACAUAUACUGUUUAUUUAUUUCAGAGGACAUUUAUACCCCCUAUAGAAGGUUUUGACUCUUUGGUUUAUCUUUUCCUUCAGCUAAUUUUCCUCCCAGCAUUAACAUUUUCUUUCUUUCUAUGAAAAUAAUGCAAAGGAAAACAGAAAAGAUAGUGUAGGAAUAGAAAUGUAACACGCUAACCUAAUAGAACGUUACCUAGUAGUAAUAGUAAUAUUUACUCUCGAUCAUCUUCAGUAUUCAGUGAUAUCUAAGGAGAAGAUGAUAAAGAUUAUAAAAAAAUGUAAAAACAAUAAAAUACAUGUUUUAAAAUAUACAUAUUUCAUAUUUGGUUACCCUCACAUAUCGGCUUUAUUCACCUGCAAAAUAAAUAUUGUCAUUUCCUCUGUUCUAGUAACAUACAAAUAAUUACACCAAAAACUAUCUUUAUUUGGGCUUAAUUACACCAAAUAAUAAGGCCCUGUAGUAUCACUUUUAUGAUGUGAUGAAAAAUCCAAGCUGGCUGGUUUGAUUGAAGUCUUUUUGAUAACAAGAAAGCACUUGGAGCUUGAAAUACUUCCAAAUAUAUCAAGAAUAGUAUAAUACAAUAAAAUACAAUUCCAAAGUUUAUUUCUUAAUUGAUCAUUACAAGAAACAUCCGCUAAGUGUUAGAAAACAUGCAAUGUAUCGAGCAAUUCUGAAUGUAAGAGUUGUUCAAUUCCUGUGAUACAUUUUUCAUAACUUUAUAAGAAGAGAACUCAUAGCUGGCCCGGUCGUCUUCAGAAUGAAGCUUAUAUAACAAACGUUAACGUAUGAUAGUUUUAACGGGAAAAGGGCGUUUUUAGACCUUAACAAUUCGCGUCGUGCCUUUUUAGACCCAAACAAAUCAUGAGUGCGAAAUCAUACCUGAAUUGAUAUUUCGUUUCAAUAAUCAACCCAAACUUCACUCCGUUAUAUAAAUUCCUGCCUUGACUAACUUGUCGUCAGUCCACCGUUAAACCAUACCUAAUCCGUUAACGGUUUAAUCAGAGACAAGGAGAAAACGACGUCGUUUGAUUCAUUAAUCAAAACGACGCCGUUUUGAAUUGGGGGAAAAUCAAAAUCGAAAACCCUAGCCCUUUUGUUCUUCUUCCCCAACACUCUCACGGGUCUCUCUGCAACUCGAAAAUCACAGACGACAACUUGAAGAUUCUGAGGGCUCUUGUCGAGGUAAGCUUCCAUAGCUCGUGUUAUGCAAGAAUAACUUGCUUAGUUAGGUUAUAGAGUAUGUAUGAAGAGCUUCAAGACUUGAUUGAAAAAGUGGAUAACAUGGAAGAAGAUUCGAUCACUUUGCAAAAGGGAGUGAACACUUGUGAAGCUGAGAUCGAAACAUUGACAAUGGAAACUCGGGUUUGUGAAGCUGUUGUUGAGAAGGAGAUCCGAGAGUGUAAAAUGCAACUUCGAAGCUUGAAGAACAUAGUAGUGUUGGCUUUGGUCAUGAUUGUCUUCUUCAAGUUCAUGUAUUGAUGAUGUAGUAAGGAUCCUAUCAAGCUUAUGUAUGGUCUGUUUAGUGAAAUUGACUUGUCUAAUGUUGUAAUGUUGUUAUGUUGUAUGAAAUGUUGUAUGAACGAUGAUGAUGAUCUUAUCUAGCUUUAUAUAUGCUUUGGUCA